AAAUUUUGUGAAGGCUCAUUCGUGUAUCUCAUCUUGGCUAUGCCUUUUAAGGAUUUAUGAAGUUUUUAUUAUUAUGAAAUGAUGAUUUAUACAAUCACAAGUGCUCUCAAAUUGUGGUGUUGUCUAAUAAGGAGUGAUAUGUGUGGUGAAUGGUAUCAAAUACACUAAAUCUGGAUGUUUUCUAUAAAAAAAAAAACUAAAUCUGGAUAUUUCUUUUUUUAAGUAGUCCAAAAAAUUCAGAUCUAAUGGUGGAGAAUUAAAGUCACUUUUAUUUUUCCUUGCUUUUUAAUCGGCUCAUAUCUUUUUCUUUUAACUUGGAUUUCAAUUUUUUUGCACAGAUGGAACGAGUUCGUUGUACUCUACAAAAUGAGAUACAUUUUCAAUAUUUUUUGAGAAAUUUUUUUUGCCUCUCGUUACCAACUGCAUACCAUAUGGCAUCUUCUUCGUUUUUAAGUCGUUUUUGAAAUUUUUUGCACAGAAGGAACGAGUUUAUCCUGAUCUAUUAGAUCUACAAAUUUCCGGGUGAACAAAAUAUAUGACCAAAAAAUACCACACAAUACCACCCUGGUACGGGGUGCUAUCUUUUGGUUACACAAUGUUGAAAGUAGUAAAUGACCAUCAAUAUACUCCUACUAUCAUGUAUUCAACCAUCCUACAGUUCUGGUAUGUUCAUACUACCACGAUACGCUUGUUAUCAUAUGGUAUGCUCUUAUAUCAACAACGUCUCAAUUUUUUUGUUCAAAAAAUAUAUCAAAGUGGAUAUCAUUUUGAAGAGCAUAAUUAAUAUGAUCUAACUGUGCAUAAAAAUAAAAUAAAAUUCCGACUUAAAAGGAGUGAGAAAUCAUUCGUUAAAGAUUAAGGGGAAAAAAAUUAAAGACUUUUCAGGAGAGAGAAUGAGCCAUGAUGUGACAAAUUUUGAUUGGGUUACUUAUGGUUACUCAUGGUUACUAGGGGUGAACAAACACACCCGCGAACCGACCCACCCAUCCAACCUGACCCAAGCCACCCGUAUUUAUCGCUAAAAUGAAGGUUUUGGGUUGGGUGAAGGUUUUCUUUUGUACAACCCGCCUCUUUUAGGUUGGGUUCAGAUUUUGGAUUAUACAACUGUAGAACCCCCAUGGUUGUCAUGCCGGUGGCAUGCCACCCGGUUGAACCUGGUUGAACCUUUGCCGGUCAUGAAACCGGCAUGACACCACCGGUAUGAUUGACUUACGUAUUCUAAGCAAAUUAACAUCAUUUUAAUGAAUUUAAUUAAUAUAAAAAUUAAUUUAUCAUUCAUUUUAUGAAUUUAAUAGUUAAAAGUUGAUGAUAUUUGUUGGAUUGUAACUUAAUUGUUCACAAAUAUGUUUUAUAUAUGAUUAAAUAAAUUGGAUAUUAAUUGUUUUUACACUUUUUUAAACCGGCAUGAACCAGCACAAACUGGUUAUACCACUGGUCAUACCAUUCCACUUGCCAAACCGGCACAACGGUAUAAAUCGGUUUGACAACCUUAACCCGACACAAACCGUGUUCCAACUAUUGUUAUGUGUUCGUAUCCAAAAAAUAUUUAUGUCGUAUAUAUAUAGCCAUACUUAUGACAAAGUUAAGAUAUUUCGCCAUGUUUUUCUCUCAUGGUCUCGCUAAUCUAAUGCAUUCUUUGGCUUAAAGUUUAGACAUAAAUUUUGAUAUAACUAUGAUUCAAAUAAUCCUUUUUCUUGUGUACAAUUUUAAUAGAAUAACACAUUAUGGAUGCGUUGUUUAUCACCUUUUUAGCCUAUUUCAACAAAUAUCGUGAAAAAACUAGACAUAUGUUGAAGUAAAUCACAUUUUAUUAAAAUUCAAACAACAUAUGUGAAUUUUGAUACCUUUCACCUCGAUUUAUUCGUAUGAAAUUUUAAUUAGUUAUAAAAUACUUUUAUGGUGUAGAUAAUUACAUAUUUUGUGUUCGGUUGAGUUUUUACUUAAAAAUAUCGUCAACCCGACCCAACCAAAUUAGAAACAAACCGUAGAGUUUAAUUAUUUUUUCUUCGGAUUUUGGUUUAAUAUUUCCGAAACCUUAGUGCAUGUGUCGGAUAAUUAAAAUAACUAAACCCGGAACACCCGUACCAUUUACACUACUCAAACUGCCCCCCUCUCUCUUUUGGUUUCGGAUUCAGGAUAAACACGCAGCAACUAUAUUAUCAUAAAUUAGUUUGCUUGAGGAAUUUAACUUUCCGCGCUACUAAAUUCCUGUCCUUCAAUUAACCCAACAGAUCAAUUCUCAUCGUACUCAGCAAGUGUUGGCGGCGAGAUCUGGUGAACACGAUGAUGAGGAAGGAAGAAUUCAGAGUAGGAGGAACAGAACAAGGUCACGGUUGGAGUGAGUUACCUGGGGAGCUGCUGACCCUGAUCGAGCAAAGGUACUUAAUCCAAUUAAAGCAUGCAAUCCGUUUUCGAGCAGUCUGUAAGCCAUGGAGGAAAACCCUCGCCGAAUUGCAGCCUCUUAUGUUCCGUCAAUCAUUCUCCUCGCCGUUGCUGAUGUUGCCCUACUGCAACGACGACGACCACCAAAAUGAGGGUUGCGGCAGCCAGGAAUUACAAUGCCGCCGCCUUCUGGACUUGUCCCACGGCCAAUAUCACCACAUUGACUUUGUGCAAGGCUUCGAGAAAACGAACUGCCGUGGAUCAGGAUUUGGAUGGUUGUUUAUGUUGCAGCUCCCAGCCCCGGUGUUGUUGAACCCUCUUACAGGUAAACAAAUCUCACUGCCACCCUUCACUUCUUUACCGGACGUUUUGCAGUAUAACCCGGAACGAGUUGGGGGUGAAUUUGUUCUGCAACAUCCUGAUGGCGAUAGAGUAAGAGUAGGGAAUAGGCGGCUUGGGCUCAACUUCUUGAGAGUAGUUGCAAUGUCAGCUGAUCCAACUACAUCGGAGGAGGAUAGCAGUUGCACCCUAAUGGCCAUUCGUACUAACGAAGGCCGGGAUUUAGUGUACUGCAAGCCCGGUGGGGAUAGGUGGACAUUGAUUCCCGAUCCUGAACGCAUCUCAGCCUCGUGUAACAGCAUUGUGUUUUGGAGGAAUCGAUUUCAUGUCGUUGAUUGCCAUGGCAAUGUCUUGCGCUGUGAUAUUGAUAAUCCUGCUGCUCCCACCAUAUCUUGCCUGGUUGCUGCUGGUGUUUCUGUUGCUUCCCCAUUCACGUACCUGGUUGUUGGUCCAGAUGAUGAGUUGAUCAUGGUUAUCAAAUCCGUGAGAUAUGAAUUCGACGAUGAGGAUGCUCCACCUGCUGCUGAAGGCGGCUAUGGAUCGAGUGGUCAUCACCAUGAGGAUGCUGGUCAUCAUGAGGAUGUUGGUCACCAUGAAGCUGCAUAUCACAACGAGGAUGUAGGUGGUGGUGAUGAUCAUCAUGGGGAUGUUGGUCACCAUGAAGCUGCAUAUCACAACGAGGAUGUCGGUGACGAUGAUGAUCAUCCUGAGGAUGUUGUUGGUGACCAUGAUGAUGAUCAAGAUAGUAUUCUAGAUUUCACUGAUGGUGAAUUGGAUGGGGAGGCGGACUUGGAGAGUUAUUGGUCGCAAGAUUUCAUGGUCUGCAGGCUCAAUGAAGAUACAUAUCAUUGGGAUAGGGUUCAAAGCCUUGGUGAUUUUGCAUUUUUCUUGGGUAGUAAUGCUUCUAGUUGUGUUUCUACCAGAGAUUAUCCGGGGCUUAAAUCGAACUGCAUUUAUUUCACAGAUGAUUACAUUGCGAAGCAUGUACCAGGUCGGCUUGGUGGUCAUGAUAUGGGCAUUUUUCAUCUCAGUGAUGGUACAGUUGAACCAUUUUGUUGCAACGGCUUGUAUAAACCUUCUUUGAUUUGGUCGCCGCCCGUGUGGAUUUUACCAUGAAAGAUUUUGUUUGUUUGGCUCGGUGUGUAUUUGUUUUCUAUUUAUCCUUCCCUCCUAGAAAUUGAAGGUCGUGCUUCCCAGCAGCAUGGUGUACGUGUUUGUGUUGUAUCGAAGUCCAUUUUUAUUGUUAAUAAAAAUAAUUUAAUUGUAUAUGUAUUUGUCGCAGUGGCAUGGGCUCUCUGCUCUCAAAAUUGGAUUGACAUCUUCCUAGAUAUCCUUGUAAAACAUUUCACUGAUCAAGGCUCAGAUCACCGUGCUUUGCUCCUUUCAGACAAGCCUUAUAUCCGUAAUAGCCGGCCGUUAUUCCGUUUCGACGCCCGCUAGGUUGACAAUCCUGAAGUGAAGGCUAUGGUCACCUACGUUUGGCAGGAGGAAAUCCCAGGGACGCUUAUGUAUCAGUUGUGGGAGAAACUUAAGAAACUCCGUCAUUUGCUUUACGACUGGAGCAGGGCGAGUACUACUAAUUCUCUCCGCAAUAUAAAAGCUAUUCAGGCAGAAAUUGACAGGGUCAAACUGGUUUUCCCGAUUGAGUGGGAUACUGUGAAGACCCCGGGAACAAUUUUGAAUAGACAGUGGGAGGCGGAAGAAGUCUACUGGCAACAGAAGUCGAGGGUCCGUUGGUUUAAAAAAGGGGAUAAGAACUCUGCGUAUUUUCAUCCGGUAACAAGAGCUCGUCGUAAACAAAAUUUUGUAGCGGGCCUUCGUAAUGAUGCUGGUGAGUGGAUAACGGAAGAGGGAGGUAAGGCAAAUAUUGCCACAGACUUUUAUUGAUCUCUCUUUUCCUCAGAAAAUCAGGUGCCUAACAUGGGGGAACGGGUAGCCAUGCUACCAAUAGAACAUAGAGUCACUGAUGAAAUGAAUGUCAGUCUCACAUCGGUGGUCCUUCCUGAGGAAGUAAGGAGGACGGUCUUCUCCAUGAGUUCGAAACAGGCACCGGGCUCUGAUGGCUUCACGGGAAGUUCUUCAAAUCGUUCUGGGAUAUUGUCGGGGAGUCAUAGCCGCUGUUUGUUCAUUCUUCUCCACUGGUAGAAUGCUCUGCAGCUUCAAUCAUAUCUGGCUGACAUUAAUCCCGAAAGUUGACAAUGUUGAGAACAUGAGGCAACUCCGCCAUAUUAGUCUGUGCCAAUUUGUUUACAAGAUACCCAGAUUACGGCCGAGAGACUGGCUGGCUUGUUACCUCAUAUUGUUUCUGAAGGUCAUAAUGCCUUCAUUCGUGAACGCCAGAUUGUGGAAAAUGUCCUUCUAGGUCAUGAAUUGAUGCAUUACUUGAAAAUCAAAACGCGAGGAAAGAAGGUACAUGGCUAUGAAGGUUGACAUGGAAAAUGCCUAUGAUAGAGUCGAAUGGCCUUUUCUCCUUGCGGCUUUGGACAAGUUGGGGGUUUAAUUCAACCUGGCAAGGGUGGAUACAUGAGUGUCUUAGAUAGGCUUCGUUUUCAGUCCUGAUAAAUGGCACUCCCAAGGGUUUCUUCACUUUCUCGAGAGGACUCCAGGAGGGGGAUCCGUUGUCACCCCUCCUGUUUGUGCUUUGCAUGGAGGGGUUUGCCGCCCACCUCCGGAAAGUUAUUUCGGAAAAGAAAUUGGAAGGAGUCAAGGUUGCCCCUCGGUCUCCUCGUAUCUCACACUUGUUCUUCGCGGAUGAUUCAUACUUAUUCCUACGGGGUCGCUUCAAGAAUGCGAAAACUUGAUUCUGGUGCUAAAUGAAUACGAGGAGCUCAGCGGCCAGAGGGUUAACCUGGCCACGUCAGCAGUCUGCUUUAGCAGAAAUAUUAUUGUCCCGGAUAAGGAGUUCAUAGCUCAAAUCCUGGGUGUGGUACAAUAGGGGUUCACGAUAAAUACUUGGGGCUGCCUACCCUGAUCCCCCGGUCAAAAAUAGAUACUUUUAGGUAUU